AUGAAUACUGAGAUAGAGGGAGGAAAGGAAACAGAGAGAGUAAAAGCAUCUGUUGGAAAAGAAACAGCUGGAUCAGCUAAGAACCUACCACUCUCUUGCACCUCCUUCAGCUUAGACCCAAGUUUGUGCUUCUUCCCUCAGUAUGCAGCACAACGUAUUUGCACGCCACUUUUCAUCAUCAAUUCGGCCUAUGAUUCUUGGCAGAUAAACAACAGUUUGGUUCCUGAAAGUGUUGACCCUCAACAUGUUUGGGAUACUUGCAAGAAAGAUAUAAAUAAAUGCUCACCAAGUCAAAUCCAAACUCUCCAAGAUUUUAGGUUGACAUUCUUAGAGGCAUUGAAGGAAUUAGGACCAAGUAUAUCAAGAGGGUAUUUCAUAUCUUCUUGCCAUUUCAACAAUGGCAUUGAAGUAGAAAGCUAUUGGUCCGAUAACAACUCUCCAACAAUACCUAACAAGAAAAUUGCUGAAGCUGUUGGAGACUGA